CGGGGGAGGGGAGGGGGAGGGGAGGUGGACAAUCAAGAGUUCUACAAAAUCCUCGGGGUAAACACGGACGCCAAUGAGGGAGACAUCAAGAAGGCUUACCGUAAGCUCGCGCUGAAGAACCACCCGGACAAAGGUGGAGAUCCUGAAAAAUUCAAAGAGAUUACCAUGGCCUACGAAGUCCUCUCUGAUCCGGAGAAGCGCAAGCGGUACGACCAGUACGGGAAGGACGGUUUGGAGGAGGGAAGCAUGCACAACCCGGAAGACAUCUUCUCCAUGUUCUUUGGCGGCGGGCGACGGGGCCCGAGUGGUCCGCGAAAGGGGGAGGACAUCCGGCACCCUCUGAAAGUGACCCUCGAUGACCUGUACAAUGGAAAGAAGUGCCACCUGGCCAUCAACCGCGACAAACUCUGCGGGGCCUGCGAGGGCUUAGGGGGCAAGAAAGGGGCGGAACGUUCCUGCAGCACAUGCAACGGGCGGGGAGUGACGGUCCAAUUGCGUCAGAUAGGUCCGGGCAUGGUGCAGCAAUCUCAAAUGCCCUGCUCGGUGUGCCGGGGGGCGGGGAAGACGAUGAGCGAGAAGGACAAAUGCCGCGAAUGUCGGGGACGGAAGGUGGUGAAGGAACGGAAGCUGUUGGAGGUGCAUAUCGAGAAAGGGAUGAAGCACAACCAGAAGAUCACCUUCCACGGCGAGGCGGACGAGGCCCCCGGCACCAUCCCGGGGGACAUCAUCUUUUUAGUGCAGGAGAAGGAUCACGAGGUGUUCACCCGCAAGAACAACGACCUCUUCAUGGAAAAGACCCUGACGCUGACCGAGGCCCUUGUCGGCUACGACUUCCUCUUCACCCAUUUGGACGGGCGGGUCAUCAAGUGCGGGAACCAGCCCGGAGAGAUCAUCAAGCCGGGGGACAUCCGGAUGGUCCAGGGCGAGGGGAUGCCGAUCCACGGGUCUCCUUUCACCAAGGGCCGCUUGUUCAUCGUCUUCAAGGUGGAGUUCCCACCGUCAGGAGCCUUCGACGCGGCGCAACUAAAGGCGCUGGAAGCCGUCCUGCCCUCGCGAGUGGUUCCCAAGGUGACUGGAGAGGAGGAAGAAGUGGAUCUCGUGCCUGUGGAUGCGAACCAGAUCGGGGCGGGGGAUGAUGGGAGCGCCAUGGAUGAGGAUGAGGACGGUCGGGGCCAGCGGGUGCAGUGUCAAAACAUGUAAAGACACAGGAGAGGUCCGACGCGGAGAGCGGGGUUAGGAACGGGUUCCGCGGCGGGUCGGAGGGGUUGGUCCAUGCAUGUCCGGAUGCCUGGAGGCAGGAAAGUUUUAAAGAGGCGGACCCCGCAGUAAUCGAACGAUGGAAUGGUGCAACACUAGCCUAGGGACGUGCCAGUCGCCAACAGUGACACAUGGGAUGCGUCCAUUUAAUCCCAUCCGUCUGGGUGACGAGGGGGGCCGGAGCGAAGAAAGAGAAAAUUUGAGUGGAAGAUUUCUACAAAUUGCAUGAGAAAGAAACAUGUUUGCCAUCGGGAGUGAUAAAAGACGACAUGUACUACAUAAAAUAAAUCCUG